GAGCAUUUCCUUUUCCGGUAUGAGGUGUUUCGGUGGAAGAAUGUUUUCGUGUGAAUUGUUACAUCUGAAUGAAACGUGAACAUCCAGUAUUGUUCAUUUAUAAGUAAUAAUCGAACUAUUUAAUAGUAAUAUUUUAUUGUGCUCCUCAGGUAUAAAGGCUAGAAAAUGUCCGAUAUAGAGAAUGAUGACGUCCCCGCAGUACCUACCGGUGGGAUGGAUAUUAACACAGCCCUACAAGAAGUGUUGAAAAUGGCAUUGACCCACGGGAGCCUGGCGCAUGGUUUGCAUGAGGCUGCAAAGGCAUUGGAUAAGCGACAAGCUUUGCUGUGUGUUCUAGCAGAAAACUGUAAUGAACCCAUGUACAAGAAACUGGUACAGGCUCUAUGCAAUGAACACCAGAUCCCGCUGAUUAAAGUGGACAACAAUAAGAAGCUUGGUGAGUGGGCAGGCCUUUGCAAGAUUGACAACACAGGCAAGGCUCGGAAAAUCGUUGGUUGCUCCUGUGUUGUUGUUAAGGAUUACGGUGAAGAGACGCAAGCCAUUGAUGUUCUGAGGGAUUACUUGAAACUAUCACGAGUACCUUGAAACAUUAUGUAAAGAACUUGACAAUUAUAAUAAAAAAUUUUGUAUUUAU